UCCCCGCCCUGCCCCCCCGCCGCCUGGGAGCCAUGGUGACCUGCGCCGCGCCCGCCGCGGAGGCGGGCGCCGAGCAGGCCUCGGCCUGGCUGCGGCGGGCCGCCGCUUUGUGCGCCGACGCGGAGCCCGACGAGGGCGCGGCGGGACCCGCGGAGCUGCUGCAGGAGGAGCUGUCGCUGCUGCGGCAGCUUCACAGCGAGGCCGUAGACUCCGCCUUCCUGCGGGAGCUCUGGAGCGCCUCCGGGGGCUGGGCUUCGCUGCGGCGGCGGGAGGCCCAGCUGAGGGCGCUCGCGCUGGAGCACCUCGGCGCCUGCCACUGGAGCGGCCAGUCGUCCAAGCUGAAUGGUGACUGGGAGCUGCUCUGCGUCCCCUACGUGCAGGAGCUGCCGCGAGAGGUCGCCGAGGCGGUCGCCCGCGCGCCGCGGGCUGGGGCAGCGGGCGGCGGCGAGGAGCCGUCGGCGGCGCUCGCCGCGGCCACGGAGGAGGCGGAGCGGUACGUGCUCGAGGCCCCGCAGGAGGAGGCGGGCGCCAGCCUCUGGCUGGACGCGGGGGGCAACCUGGAGACGGUGCUGCCCGCGUCGCAGGGCUCCGCGGUGGUGGCCCCGGCGCGCGGCCCGGAGGCCGCGGCCGACGCCGCGCGGGCCUGCGCCCUGUGCAGGGUGCAGUGCGAUCCGGGCCUCUGCGCCCACCCGCGGGAGCUGUGCUGGCACUGCUGGCACAGGACAUGCGCGUUGGGGAAGAUGAGGUAUGCGCUGUUGUUGAUCAUGACGGUAAAGCAAGAAUGGUGCGCUCUCGCCACGGGUACUGGGCUGAACUGGCGGACCACUUUCUUCGUUCGGAAGAUUGGACUUGGGAAGUUGCCACCCCGUGUAGCAUUGACAGAACAUGCAGAUAUGUGCACCACCUGUACAAGGGCGCUGUCCCCCUGCGAUGGCAACGCCGUGGGCUCCAAGGCUGGCGUCGCGAUUUUCUCGGGUAUGUCUAUCUAAACCCAAAGAAAAAAUGUUUUGAUGGGCCCUCCUUCACGUGCACACGGGCCCACCAUCAUUAUCGUGAAGUUUGUGCUCGUCCAUCGUGCCCUACGCGCGCAUAUGCUAGCAUAGCCGCUCGAGCUCUACGUACGUGUUUAAAGUCUGAAAGUAACACUACGUGGACUUUGUGGUCAACGAAAUCUUUGGCGUCGUGUGCAAGGCAACGGCUUUCCUCGCUACGUAGGUCUGCCACACCCUCGCUCUGCAGUUUGUGUGGGUGCACGAAAUCCUUCAUCAGUGGUGGGCGUUUCGACGUCGACUCCUUUUUCCCGA